AUGGUUCGAAAAACUCGUUCUCAACAACACGUUGAAGACGAUACUCCGGCUACUCAACAAUCCGUCAAUGACUUACAUGCACAACUCACGACCCUAACCGCGGCAGUGGCUGCGUUGACUGCUCAACAAGCUGCACCUGCGACGCGUAACCACCGCAACAACCAGCUUUCUACUCGCGGCAGUUCCGACGACGAAGAUGCAAACCCUUUUGCUUCUCUUCGUCACCAACCACGACGACAACAACACAACAUCAACAACGAUUCUGGUUCAGAUGAAGAAGACAAUGAUAACGCAUGGAAAUCAUGUUUUAAGCUUGAGAUUCCCGAAUUCAAAGGCUCCAUAGUAGCCGAAGAAUUGCUGGACUGGUUUGUUACAGUUGAAGAAAUUUUAGAAUUCAAAGAGGUUCCACUGGAUCGUUGUGCGCCUCUUAUUGCAGCACGUUUCCGAGAUAGAGCUGCAGCUUGGUGGUCACAAAUCAAAACAAUACGAGCUCGCGAAGGAAAAUCAAAAAUCAUAUCAUGGAGCAAACUGAAACACGAGAUGCAAAAAUUUUUUUUGCCAUAUAAUCAUGAGCAAUUAAUGUUUCAAAAGCUUCAGAAUUUGCGGCAAGGAAGUCGAUCUGUGGAUGAUUAUUCUACAGAAUUUUUCCGGAUGAUCAGUCGGGUUGAGGUUCGCGACACGGAACAACAACUUGUUAUGCGCUUUGUCGGUGGUUUACGUCAACAAAUUCAGCACACUUUGAACUUGUUUCAACCUCAAACCAUCUCUGAAGCUCACCAGCAAGCCCUCACCGUUGAAGCUCAGAAUCGCAGCAACUCUCAGCCUUGGAAUGCAAGUCGCCAAACUAGACAAAACACAACCCCUUCGCCAGCAACUCCAUCCGAUGCUACGUCUUCAAAACCUGACACUACAAUCGUUCCUUAUGAUCCGUCUAAACAACGACCAGGAGGAUUGCGUUGCUUCUCUUGUGGAGAACUUGGCCAUCGUCAAUCUGCAUGUCCGACUCGCAAUCGUCGCGGCUUGCUUCUUGAUACCACUGGCCGUGAUGUCGAGGUUGUUUACGAUGAAAGUCCAGAGGAACUUGGUGAGACAAACGAAGAACUCGAAGCUGAUGAGGGUACUCUACUGAUGAUGCGACGAACAUGUCUCUCUCCUAAGAUAGCAAAUGAAAAUCCUCAACGCAAGAAUCUGUUCUCUUCAAGAUGCACCAUUAAUGGGAAAGUAUGCGUCUUUAUCAUUGACUCGGGCAGCAGCGAGAAUGUCAUCGCUGAAUCCGCCGUGCAUAAACUCGAUCUCACAAUUGAACAACACCCAUCUCCUUAUAAACUCGGUUGGUUGCACCAAGGGAAUGAACUCAUCAUCACACGACGAACUUUAGUGCAAUUCUCAGUGGUUGAUGCUUAUAGAGAUGAGAUAUAUUGUGAUCUCGUGCCGAUGGAUGCAUGCCAUCUCUUGUUAGGACGUCCGUGGGAGUUUGAUAGACGUGUCAUCCAUGAUGGGUUUCUUAAUACAUACACGUUUCGGUUCAAUGAUCGCACCUUCACACUCAAACCGACAAUACCUUCUUCAGUUAUCACUACCCCAACAGAAGCUCAAAAUCCAGUCUUAUUACUGCGACCUACAGAGCUCAAAGAAGCUUUGCACGCGGCGGAGCAGAUCGUUCUCCUUCUUGCGGUACCGUCGUCAUCGUUCGCUGGGCAUGAGAUACCAGAUACAUACAAACCUUUGCUGACAGAAUUCGGUGAUGUGUUCCCUGUUGACUUGCCAUCUCAGCUUCCACCACUUCGCAAUAUUCAACACCGUAUUGAUCUCAUUCCUGAUGCUUCUCUUCCCAACCGGUCUCACUACAGAAUGAGUCCAUCUGAACAUGAAGAGUUACGUCGGCAAGUCGAAGAAUUAGUGGCGAAAGGUUUUCUGCGAGAAAGUCUUAGUCCGUGCGCCGUCCCGGCUUUAUUAAUACCUAAGAAAGAUGGAUCGUGGCGUAUGUGCGUCGACAGUCGCGCCAUUAACAAGAUCACAGUACGAUACCGUUUUCCUAUUCCACGCCUUGAUGAUUUACUCGAUCAGAUAGGCACAGCUACGGUAUUCUCAAAACUUGAUCUUAAAAGUGGCUACCAUCAGAUACGAAUCCGUCCGGGUGAUGAGUGGAAGACAGCUUUUAAAACUCGUGAAGGUCUUUUUGAGUGGCUCGUAAUGCCAUUUGGAUUGUCUAACGCUCCCAGCACGUUCAUGAGAGUUAUGAAUGAAGCUCUUCGACCUUUUAUUGGCAAAUUUGUUGUCGUAUAUUUUGACGAUAUACUUAUCUUUAGUAAGUCCCUCGAUGAUCAUCUCCAACACUUGAGAGACGUUCUUUUGAUACUGCGUCGAGAACAACUAUUUGCGACAUUGAAAAAGUGUGAAUUUGGGUCACCGCAGAUACACUUUUUGGGUUAUAUCGUCUCUUCCCAGGGACUGGCUGUUGAUCCCUCUAAAGUCGUAGCAAUACAGACUUGGCCUAUACCCAAGACGAUCUCAGAUGUGCGAAGCUUUCAUGGUCUCGCGUCGUUUUAUCGGCGGUUUGUGGCACAAUUUAGCAGUUUAAUGGCUCCCCUCACGGAUUGCAUACGCAAUGGUUCUUUCUCCUGGACGCCUGAAGCAUCGGCUGCUUUCACCAUUAUUAAAGAAAAGUUGAGUUCUGCGCCUGUUCUUGCUCUUCCGGACUUCAAUAUGGUCUUUGAAUUUGAUAAGAUCCUAGGAUGA